AGCAAUAUUAAUUCAACAGAGAAUUUGAAGAACCGUUGGAAGAUCUCCGAAUCCACAUCCAAGCGAAAAAACUCUGAUCCCGUUCAAGAGGCGGCUGUACUUCAUUUGAAUUUGGAAUACACACGGAAGCUUCAGGGACUACGCGGAUCAAGUGCGAGGCUAGAUAUGAGCUUGCUGAAGGAGUUGGAAUCUUCUCGAAGUUCUAACAAUUGAGAUCAGUUCGUGGAACAACUCUUAAGCUCUCACAUGCUGCUAGAAUGCAUUCAAAAAGAUAGGCAUCAGAGUUAAUUGGGCAGAGCAAUUGGAAGAGAUAAUUAGCAAGAAAAAAGCUGUGAGUGUUAUUACAGCCUGGUUUCUUCAGCGUGAGGCUAAAUAUGAGUUUGAGGUUGCUGGGACUACACGGAUCCAAAUUCAAGCUCAAGCCAGGUGAAUUGUGGGGCGGACCUUGCUCUUUUGUUCGUGGACACACUAGGCAAAUCCAAGUCACCUUGCAAUGAUGAAACUCUUGAUCGUAUCAGGUGUAUAUCUUCAAAUUGUUUCCUCGGGUUCCUGUAGACGUGAGCGACGAUGAAGAUAUCCAAAAUCUCCAAAAAUCUCUUGGGGAAGCCAGAUCACGGGUAGAAAACUUGACUUCGUUCUUAUGGGCUGCUAUAAAAGUACUGGAUAUCUUGAGUUGCAUGCUAUGCUGGCCGAUUAUCUCUAUACUGAGUGUUCUGAACAUGACAUGGUCAGAAUAUCACGGCAUUAUGUUAGAGCUGAGGACCCCGAGAAGUUUGCAUCUGUGUUGAUCAACUUUAUAGGAAGGUGUUAUCCUGGUGAAGAUGACCUUGCGAUUGUGCGAGCAGUUCUCAUAUGAAAGAUGCAAGUUUUAUGACGGAUGAGAUUAAGAGACAAGCAGAGAAAAAAACGAGCUUUCAGAAUCAGACCUUAUCCAGUUUAUCUCAUAUCUUCUGGAAACGUUGCAGAGGGAUGCAUUGCCUCUUUUCAAAUGUUGAGAGUAAAAUUUAAGUCCUGCAUAGAUAGAGAACCAUUGCCUAGCGAGCGCUGUGUGAUCAUUGCAUGGUUCACAGUAACUUGCAUUGGUGUGCUUUGUGUCACGAACACCACAGCGGGAUGAAGAGGCGCCCAUAACUCAGAAAUAAAGAUAUGUAUUCUAUUCUUUUUAUUUUAUUUGUUUACAUUAAAAUAUAGAUUAGUUUAAAAUCGAUUAGAUAUAUAUUAAGCAAAGUAUCCAGCCAUGUGAAUUCAUUGGUCGUUAGAGAUUAUCAAUGUUUAAUUAAUUUUCACAACUAAUAUAAAUCAAUCAUUUUUUUUAUAAAAAUAAUAAUUAUAAUAAUAGCAAUAUUAAAUAAAACUUGAAUCUAAUUCAAACAUUUUGUAUUGUUGUAAGUAAAAACAUUUCUACAAAAUGAAACUCUCAAGAAAUAAGAAACGUUGACAGAAGGAAACUCAAAUAGAAAGAUAAGUCUUAUAUUCUCAAUUUUUUUUUGUAUUCAUUCACAUUAAAACCUAGAUUAGUAAAAAUCUAAUCAAUUUACAUUAGUUGUGAAACUAAACGGACAUGGUAUCCAACCAUUUGAAUUCAUUUGGUCGUUAGAGAUUAUUUAUGUUCAAUUUAUUUUUAUAACUAAUGUAGAUCAAUCAUUUUUUAUUAGAAAAUAAUAAUAAUAAUAAUAAUAUAGAAAUAUUAAAUAAAACUUGAAUCUAAUUCAAAUAUUUUGUAUUGUUGUAGGUUAAAAAUUCUACAAAAUGAAACUCAAGAAGUAAGAGGCGGCAAGAGGAGGAAACUAAAAAAAAAAUAAGUCUUCUAUUCUCAAUUUUUUUUUGCAUUCAUUAACAUUCAAACUUGGAUUAGUUUAAAACUGAUUAGAUUUACAUUAGUUGUGAAAUUAAACGGACAUGGUAUCCAACCAUUUGAAUUCAUUUGGUCGUUAGAGAUUAUUUAUGUUCAAUCUGUUUUUACAACUAAUGUAGAUCAAUUGUUUUUUUUAUUAGAAAAUAAUAAUAAUAAUAAUAAUAUGGAAAUAUUAAAUAAAACUUGAAUCUAAUUCAAACAUUUUAUAUUGUUGUAGGUUAAAAAUUCUACACAAUGAAACUCAAGAAGUAAGAGGCGGCAAGAGGAGGAAACUCAAAAAGAAAGAUAAGUCUUUUAUUCUCAAUUUUUUUUGCAUUCAUUAACAUUAAAACUUGGAUUAGUUUAAAAUUGAUUAGAUUUACAUUAGUUGUGAAACUAACCGGACAUGGUAUCCAGCCAUUUGAAUUCAUUUGGUCGUUAGAGAUUAUUUAUGUUCAAUUUGUUUUUACAACUAAUAUAGAUCAAUCGAUUUUUUAUUAGGAAAUAAUAAUAAUAAUAAUAAUAAUAAUAAUAAUAAACAUGGGAUUUGAUGUUGUUUUUUUGUAUUGUAUCAGGUUAAAACCUUCUCCAUAAAAUAUGAAACUAAAAAAGAGAGGAAAAUUCAAGAAGAAAUAUAUGUUUUCUAUUAUCUUUUUUUUGUAUUUAUUCAUAUUAAAAUUUGGAUUAGUUUAAAAUCAAUAAAAUUUAUAAUAGUUGUGAAACGAAGCGGACAUGAACAUGAUAUUUUAUCAUUUGAAUUCAUUUGGUCGUUGAUUGCUUAUGUUCAAUUUAUUUUCACAACUAAUGUUUGGAUUAGAUCAUUUAAUUUCUUACAAGAAAAAUGAUUAUAAUAAUAAUAGUAAUAUUAAAUAAAACUUUAAUCUAAUCCAAACAUGAAAUCUGGUGUUCUUUUUGUAUUGUUUUAGGUUAAAAUUUUCUUUACAAAAUGAAAUUCAAGAAGAAAAAAUGCCUAGAAAAAGAAAUUAAUGAAGAAAAAUAUGUUUUUUUGUUUAAAUAAAAAAAAAUAUGUAUUUUAUUUUUUUUGUAUUAAAAUUUAAAUUAGUUUAAAAUAUAUUAGACUUAUAUUAAUUGUGAAACUAGCCGAACAUAACAUAGUAUUUAAUCAUUUAAAUUUAUUUGGUUGUUAAAAAUUACUUAUGUUCAUUUUCUUUUUCACAACUAAUGUAAACAAUCAAUUUGUUAUUAAAAAGAAUAAUAAUAAUAACAAUAAUAGCAAUACGAAAUGAAACUUGAAUUUAACCUUAUGAAAUUGGUAUUGUUUUUUAACCUAAAACAAACUAAAAAACUUGAAUCUAACAUAAGCAUCCAGUCUCAUUUAAAAAUACAACAUUAAUAAAUGAUCAUUAUUUUAUAAAUUUUUUUAUUUAUUGAACGCAAACCAAAAAUAUGAUAGCAUUAAUAAGAUCUUUUUUAUGAUCUUAAGUGGGGAAAUUACCGGCGAGUCAAGCAAACAGUGAAUUGGUUAUUGCACACAGAGGAGAAGAGAAGGAAAAUAUGAAUCUAACAAACUAAAAAACUUGAAUCUAACAUAAGCAUCCAGUCUCAUUUAAAAAUACAACAUUAAUAAAUGAUCAUUAUUUUAUAAAUUUUUUUAUUUAUUGAACGCAAACCAAAAAUAUGAUAGCAUUAAUAAGAUCCUUUUUAUGAUCUUAAGUGGGGAAAUUACCAGCGAGUCAAGCAAACAGUGAAUUGGUUAUUGCACACAGAGGAGAAGAGAAGGAAAAUAUGAGGAGGCUUCUUGAUAUUUACUUGGCAACUUGUUCUCGAGCCAAGGUGAAAGCAAGCGUCCUUGUUAAUGAAGCUGAACUCGUACCUAGAGGAAUUGUAGAACUUGUAAAUAGACAUUGUGUUAAAACGCUCGUGAUGGGUGCUGUACCAGCGAGCUGCAUAAAGAUGAGGAGUUCCCGCAAAGUAGAUUAUGCUUCGAGAAAGGCGCCUCCUUUCUGUGAAAUAUGGUUUGUCAUCAAAGGGAAACAAGCUUGGGUUAGAGAAGCUUUUGAAAGCCGACAACUUUCAAGCGCUAGAUCAUUCCCCCUCAAGAAAACUUCUCUGCCUCUCUCCCAACUGCGAUCUAGAUCUGAGAGAAACUUGUUUUCCAAUGAGAUAUCCAGCAGAGUUGAGGCUGAUCAGUUUGAUACCGAAGUUCCAAUGUUCUCUUCCCACCAACGUGACAUGACAAGCACUAAAAGUGGUGGAUGCAGUUCUGUAUACGUGUCUGAAGAGAGAAGGCUAUUGUCAUCAGUUUCUGAUUCAGGGUUUGGCAAAGAUUGUCUUUAUGAAGCAACAACACAUACUGAAAUACCAAAGGAUGAAGCUUUUCCGGAGGAGUUGGAUUGCAAAAAGUUGGAGUUGAAAGUUAUUGAAGCCACAAACAAGGUUAAAGCUUUUGAAUCUGCAUACGCCCGUCAAAUAAAGCUCAGGGAAAAUGCUGAGAAUGAACUUAGAAGCAUCAUAAACCAACAGGGGAGGCUCCUGAAGGAGAAAGAGGAGCUCUCUAAAAGGCUUCAAAGAACAACGAGAGACGUUUCUCUCUUAAACUGUCAUACACAAGGAGCAAGUCGACGACGCCGAGAAGUCUCAGCAAAGCUCAAACUCGUGGAACUGUCCAUUGCAGAGUUACGCUUGAGAAACAGAGGAUCCAAAGGCAGAAAUUGGAAGCUAAGUGUUGGAUUGAUCGGUGGAAAGACGCAGGGUCCUUGAAUUGCAAUGAACUUGUUGGAAUUUCCGGCGAGGGUAUGCUUGAGCUGGGAGAGUUCUCUUUGUCAGAACUGGAAUCAGCCACGUUCUGUUUCUCCGAGAGUUUCAGGCUGAGACAAGGUGGGAACAACGGGUGUAUCUACAAAGGGGAAAUGAUGGGCAGAACCGUUGCAAUAAAGAGAUUGCAUCCACAUAACAUGCAAUUGCAACAAGAGUUUCAGCAAGAGGUUCGCCUUCUCAGCAGACUACAACAUCCGCAUCUCGUUCACUGUUUGGCUAUUGUCCUGAAGCAUGGUCACUUGUGUAUGAGUACCUACCAAAGGGUAAUCUACAAGACCAGCUUUUUCCCCGAAAAACAAACCUGUCUCCUUUGUCUUGGGUGACUCGAACUCGGAUUAUAGCUGAAAUCUCCAGUGCCCUCUGUUUCUUGCACUCCAUAAAACCCGAAAGGAUACUUCACGGCGAUCUCAAACCCGAAAACGUACUUCUCGACUCCAAGAUAUGCGACUUCGGAAUCUGCAGGGUGGUAUUUAACGAAGAGGCUAAUGGAAGAGCUUUUCCAUAUACGGAUCCAGAGUUCAAAAGGUUCGGGAUUUUAACUCCUAAACCGACAUUUACUCGUUUGGCAUUAUCAUCUUGCAAAUGCUCACAGGAAAGCCGCCUGUUGGGUUGGUCGGACAAGUGCGAAAAGCCUUGUCCUUUGGGAAGUUAGCCACAAUUUUGGAUACAAAAGCUGGAGAUUGGCCAGUCUUUGUGUUCGAGUAGCUUGCAAACAUCGGGUUACAGUGCUGUGAACCGAACAGCAAAAACAGGCCUGAUCUAACACCUUCUCUUGUGAAAGAAUUGGAGCAGUUGUAUGUUCCAGAAGAACGAGCUGUUCCAUCUUUCUACUUGUGCCCCAUCCUUCAGGAGAUAAUGCAUGAUCCACAGAUUGCAGAAGAUGGAUUCACACACGAAGGAGAAGCGAUACGAUCAUGGUUCAGAAACGGACACGAGACCUCUCCGAUGACCAAUCUGAACCUUAGUCGUCUGCAUCUCACUCCCAACCACGGAAUACGCUUUGCCAUUCAUGAUUGGCUUUGCAAAUCUUGAAAACUGUACAUUCAUUUGAUUUUACUCUGUAUAUCUAUACUGUAUCUCUAUACAGGAUGAGUAAAUGAGAGAACCAGGGAAAAAAAAAAAAAUUAUUACAAAUAUUCAAUAGACAAACACUAAUCUGACCGUUGGAUGGAUCACGCGCUCGAUAAAUUUUGUACGGACGUUGAUUGAUUGUCGAUGUUGACCCAACGCCA